AUGGGCAAUGUCGAAGGGAACUUGAUGAAGCUCGAAGACCGAUUAUUUGGCCGACUCGACGGGAACGAACAUCAAUCCCGAAGCAGGCUACGUGAUGGCCAAAAUUCACAAUUAAUUGGAUUUUGGUCUGAAGUUUUGAAGACGCAUUCCUUGAUUGAGCUCACGCAGAUGGUCCAAGCCCAACGCGGACUCUGGGCCAAAGUUGAUGCCGCUAAGUUGGAAGAAGCUCGAUUGAAAGGACAGCCCAAUUUCAUGAUCAUAGCGCUUUCUGAAUGGGUUACUGGCGAUGACAUUCGGAAACAGCCUACGAACCUAGAAAAUCUGUUUCAGCAUGAGCAUGGCUGCUCCAGAGGUCUCUCCAAGAUCGAGCUUCGUGAGCCUGGCGUCAAGAGAAAGGCUUCGCACCAGCGGCUUAUCCUACAAACUGAGCUUUUGAACACAGCGAAGCGACUUACACUGACAGGUGUUACGUAUUCAGUCAUAAUUAUGAGGCCAAAUAAGCAAAUAUCCCCUUAG